CCUGGGACGGGGGCGGGCGCAGCCGGAGCGCGGCCGAAGGGGACGGGAAGUGUACUGAGGGCGGUACCUACGGACAGCAGGCCUUUACAUCUUUUAUAAGUGUGUGACUGAAGGAGUCCAGCCUGUGACUGAGCCGAGGCAGAAGGUUAUUGACUUGUCAGCAGAAGACCCAGUUUUCGCCUGCCUGCUCUAAGAUGGUGAUUGCCAAGGCAUGGGCUCUGAAGAAGCAUUUUGAUGGUUUUCCCAAAACCAGUGACUUUGACCUGAAAAAGAUAGAGCUACCAAAUCUAAAGGAUGGAGAGUUGCUGCUUGAAUCAGUGUUUCUCAGUGUUGAUCCUUACAUGAGACCUUACAGUCGAAGGGAUAUGAAGGAGGGUGACAUAAUGAUAGGCACGCAGGUUGCCAGGGUAGUAGAAAGCAAAAAUCCUGCUUUCACAGUGGGGGCCUUUGUUGUGGCUGGCAGGGGCUGGAGAACUCAUUUUAUCUCUGAUGGGAAAGACCUACAACUUCUUCCUUCCAAUUGGCCGGAAUCACUCCCCGUAUCUCUAGCUCUUGGAACAGUUGGCAUGCCAGGCCUCACUGCAUAUUUUGGUCUGCUGGAGGUCUGCAAGAUGAAGCCAGGAGAGACAGUCCUGGUUAAUGCUGCAGCUGGUGCUGUGGGCUCUGUAGUGGGGCAGCUCGCUAAAAUUGGGGGUUGCAAAGUGGUUGGCUGUGCUGGCUCAGAUGACAAGGUUGCCUAUCUGAAAAAAAUAGGCUUUGAUGAAGCCUUUAAUUACAAGACUGUUAAAUCUCUGGAUGAAGCGCUGCAUAAAGCCUCUCCUGAUGGCUAUGACUGCUUCUUUGACAAUGUGGGUGGAGAAUUUGCCAGUGUUGCUAUCAACCAAAUGAAGAAAUAUGGAAGGAUUGCAGUCUGUGGUGCCAUCUCUCAGUACAAUGACUCUGUGCCUCAGAAAGGCCCUUAUGUGCAGCUUCCCAUGAUCUUCAAAGAGCUUCGAAUGGAAGGGUUUCUUGUGACCCAAUGGAACAGCCGCCGGGAGGAAGGUCUGCAGGCCCUGCUGAAGUGGGUCAUGGAGGGGAAGGUGAAGUGCCAUGAACAAGUCACUGAAGGAUUUGAGAACAUGCCAAUGGCUUUUAUAGGAAUGUUAAAAGGAGAAAAUCUUGGAAAAGCUGUUGUAAAAGUGUGAAGAUCAGAUAUUCCUGGGAGACUGGCACAGGAGAAUGUGAUUCUGUCAAAUGCUUUUAAUUCACUUGUCAAAUCAUGUGAUCAGUAUGUUUCAAUCAU